CCCCUCGGGAAGCACCAGGCCCAGGCCCAGGCCGCAGGCUGCAGGCCCGGCUGAGGGGCGGCCCCGGGGCACCUGACCGACGCAGGCCGCCGAGCGGGGGCCUUGGGCUCCUGGCGGUGGGAAUCAGAGAAGCGGUAACUGGAUCUGCGGGCGCUGGCGGCGGCGAGGGUGGCGGCUCUGAUCGGGUUGCCACUGCGCCGUUUUCCACCCGCGGCCUUUUCUACGCAGGGAACGGGCUGUGCUGGGCGGCGAGGCCGUGCUGGGGGUCUGGGGCCCGGGGUGGGGCCGGGAGGGGAGAGGCCACGAGGCGGGACACAGGACCCGAGCCUGGGCCCCAGCAGCCCCGAGAAGAGGGGGGCACGUAGGUGGUCAGGGCUUCGGCGGGGGCACCCCCAGGCCCGGGGCCCCGCUCCAGCCCGUGCAGCCCGGGAGUGGCUGAAAUCCAAGCUGGGGCAGCGACAGGCAGCCGCUGUCCCUAAGCCGGCCCAGCUCUGAUCCGCCUCCCACCCGCCCUCUGCUGCCCGCUGGCCAUGUAAGAGCUGCCCGGGCCCACGGCCACUGGUCAGAGGCAGCACCAGGGUCCAUGACGCUGGCAGGGCCUGAGGGCCACGGGCCAGCCCAGCCGCGCCGGGCACCGGGGGGCCGUCGGGGUUCGUGAGCGCAGAGCGCGCCGCCCAGGCUCCUGGCCGCUGCCCCCCGUCCGAGAUGCUCACCGACGGCCUCCGCCAGGUGCUGAAGAUCCAGUUUGGCCUCGUCAACGACACCGACCGCUACCUGACAGCCGAGAGCUUCGGCUUCAAGGUCAACGCCUCGGCGCCCAGCCUCAAGCGGAAGCAGAUCUGGGUGCUGGAGCCGGACCCCGGCCAGGGCCCCGCGGUGCUGUUCCGCAGCAGCCACCUGGGCCGCUACCUGUCGGCCGGGGAGGACGGGCGCGUGGCCUGCGAAGCGGAGCGGCCGGGCCGCGACUGCCGCUUCCUGGUCCUGCCGCAGCCCGACGGGCGCUGGGCGCUGCGGUCGGAGCCGCACGGCCGCUUCUUCGGCGGCACCGAGGACCGGCUGUCCUGCUUCGCCACCGCCGUCUCCCCGGCCGAGCUCUGGACCGUGCACCUGGCCAUCCACCCCCAGGCCCACCUGCUGAGCGUGAGCCGGCGGCGCUACGUGCACCUGUGCCCGCAGGAGGACGAGAUGGCGGCCGACAGCAACACGCCGUGGGGCGUGGACGCGCUCGUCACCCUCAUCUUCCAGAACCGGCGGUACUGCCUCCGGGCCUGUGACAGCCGCUACCUGCGCAGCGACGGCCGCCUGGUCUGGGAGCCCGAGGCCCGCGCCCGCUACACGCUGGAGUUCAAGGCGGGCAAGCUGGCCUUCAAGGACUGCGACGGCCGCUACCUGGCGCCCGUGGGGCCCACGGGCAUGCUCAGGGCCGGGCGCAACACGCGGCCGGGCAAGGACGAGCUGUUCGACCUGGAGGAGAGUCACCCGCAGGUGGUGCUGGUGGCUGCCAACCGCCGCUACGUGUCGGUGCGGCAAGGGGUCAACGUCUCAGCCAACCAAGACGAAGAGCUGGACCACGAGACCUUCCUGAUGCAAAUUGACCGGGAGACAAAGAAGUGCACCUUCUACUCCAGCACCGGAGGCUACUGGACCCUGGUCACCCACGGGGGCAUCCAGGCCACAGCCACGCAAGUUUCGGCCAGCACCAUGUUCGAGGUGGAGUGGCGGGGCCGGCGGGUGGCCCUCAAGGCCAGCAAUGGGCGCUACGUGUGCAUGAAGAAGAACGGACAGCUGGCGGCCAUCAGCGACUUCGUGGGUGAGCGCUCCCCCCUGCUCGGAUGCUGGGCUGGCGGCCAGGCCAGGACGGGACGGCUCCCCGCAGGCCAGGACGAGGAGUUCGUCCUCAAGCUCAUCAACCGGCCCAUCCUGGUGCUGCGCGGCCUGGACGGCUUCGUGUGCCACCGGCGCGGCUCCAACCAGCUGGACACCAACCGCUCCGUCUACGACGUCUUCCACCUGAGCUUCAGCGACGGCGCCUACCAGAUCCGAGGCCGCGGCGGGUUCUGGCGCACCGGCAGCCACGGCAGCGUGUGCAGCGACGGCGAGCGGCCCGAGGACUUCCUCUUCGAGCUCCGCGAGCGCGGCCGCCUGGCCAUCCGCGCCCGGAGCGGCAAGUACCUGCGCGGCGGCGCCUCGGGGCUGCUGCGCGCGGACGCGGACGCGCCUGCGGGGUUCGCACUCUGGGAGUACUGAGCCCUGGGAGUACUGAGCUCUGGGGGUGCUGAGCACGCCCGUGUCCCCAUUAAACCGUCUGUCCAGAGGCUGGUGGCUCGAGGCAGCGGCGUGGAUGGGCGGGAGGGUCUGCCCUGGGCCCCGCCCUCCUG